CUUUUCCGUGCCGAACCACGUGGAAAACAAGCGGAACCACGUGCAGGGACAGAACGGCAACUCGCCGAUGGAGCAAAGCAGCACGCCGGGGGGGACCAGUGGCGGCUCUCUGCAUCACGGGGAAGGAGGCGGCAGUUCUUGCAUGAGCGGGGGCGGGGGCCAACAGCAAAAUAGUAAUACCGUGGACCACGUGUUUCUGUCGUGGCGGUCCUUGCACCAGCCGGCUUUCCGCCGGGAAGUGUUGAAAGCGUUGCGGCUACCAAACCCCCCGAUCCUGCGGGCGCAGACGAUUGCAGAAAUUCUCCGGUUGCACUUCCAGGACGUGUGCGAGGUGUGCUUCUUCAUGGUGAAGCCGAGCGAUCCGAAAGUUGACGAAGCAACGAAAAACUUCGACAUUGGAACAACCCCCGGGAAGAACGUAUCGAUUUCUUUGUUUACAGCAACAGCACUGGAGUUAUUUAUUCUUUAUUUAAUAUCGAUGUUUCGUUUGUAGAGCGCUCUAUCGUGCAGAAGAUCUACUUCAUGCUUCAACAAAGAACACACAGUACAUCGUGAAACAUCAAAAACAUAAUUACACCUCAGAAGAUCCAGCAAGAGGCCGGCGCGGAGGACGCGGACCAAUUUGAGAAGGUGAUUGAGCAGUGGCCGCUUCCACUCCCCUGGACGCGGAGCCCCCAUGGGGCGCACCGGUUUGGAAAGUUAGACGUCAGUUUGACGCGGACGAAAAACAGCUGUUUGCGGGUUUGUUUUGUGGACAACAAUAAUUUCAUGGAAGCCAGCCCUGCGGAGUUUCUCCGCCGUAUUGUCUCCCCCACCUCGGCGGCGCUGCGGGAAAUCCUCACCCCCAAUGACUUCUCCAAUUACCUGCAAGGCCUGCUGCUCCCGUACUUGAAUUACCACGACGAGGUGGUCAGAAGGCAGGAGGAGAAGGAGCGCAUGCGGGUCGCGGAGGAGCUGCAGAAGGUCACGCAAGCGGCGACUGCUGCUCUGGUUGUGCCACCACCUGCAGGUGUCGUGUGUUCGACGAUACCUGCGAAUUGUUCCGCUACGAUAGUUCCUCCGAACAACCAGGAUAAUUUCAGCUUGCAGAAUAAACCAGAAGCAAGUACUAUCACCAAGCCCGCACAACAUCAAACCUCCUCGGGCGGCAGCAUGGCAAACGCUUCCGCGAGUGACGUGGACACCAUUUUGCAACUGGCAGGGUUAACCGUGACGCGGAAUGAGUCCUCGAAGCCCCCCUCUCCAGCGAAAGCCGAGCGAGAAAGUAGAGUUGCUCCGCAAACCAUGAACGCUUUGCAGCUGCUGGGAGAAGCAGGAGGUGGAACAGGCUCGAAUAGUUCCUCUGCUUCCGGAGGUAUGGCGAUAAACAAUAAUUACCAUCUGGCAAACAGUUCCGGGGGCUCUUUUGAUCAUGCCAACAACAAUUAUGCGGGGUCCGGGUCUCCGGAAUCUAAUGACGACUCCGGAAAUAACGGGAGAAGUCGAAAGUGGGCUCCGAAACCAGCGAAAAAGGCAGACGAUGGAGAUUUCUUCAAGACCAUCGAUUUGAUGCUGACGAAUGGCGGGGGUACUAACGCUGGUGCUCCGCCCGCGGCGGAUCCAGCUGUAGUGAACCAGGCAUUGGCGCACUUAUUCGGCGGAGGUGGAGGCACAACUACUUCGAGCAGCGGAGGUGGUAAUGUUGGCAAUAUCAACCCUAAAAGUAACUCUGGUGUACGUCUUUCCGGCCCCGGCGCACAGAGCAGUCCCGGCGCACCACACGCUAUUCGGCAACCGCCGGUGGGAAUCUCGUACUAUCCUGUGCAAAAGUAUCGUAUUCGUAUUGCAAUCAUGCAUUACAAAUCUUUUUGUGGGGGUAAAUCAGCAUUACAAAUUUUCUUUCUCAUGCUGAGGAGAUUUGUAAUGCAAUUAUACGAAUACGAUACUUUUGCAGUUCAUACGUACCAUGAGUUGCUAUAUGGACCAACGCCAACAACCGGUAGAAGUGUAGGCCCACCUUCUGGGUCAGCGACCAACCGCUCGGAAGAUCGUGGGACGAUGAUGAACAACAGCAGUCAUCUUCGGAGCGGCAGCCGGUCAGGCCGACACGACUUGAGUCGCGGGAACAAUGCGAAUGGCCUGAAUGAUGAUAGUUACAACUACAGUGACCAUGGUGGAUUGGCGAGGGGAGCAGGACAAGGCGGCACUUCGACAGGUGGGCAACAUGGGCAACUACAUUCAGCACAUAACGACCACAGCGGCCGUGGCCGUCAUCACGAUAGUUCUAGAGGCGGAAGAAAUUACAGCAACCAGGAUGAUAAUUAUGGUCACGACCGCGACCGUGGAGGUGCUGGACCACAUGGAGCCAACAACCGUGACCGUGAACACCGCGAUCGUGAAAAUCACAAUCAUCAUCGUGGUGACCACCGCGGCGGUCGAGGCGGCCACCACCAAAACGACGAUCAUUCCGGGCGUCACGCGGGGGUAAAUAAUAACACCCACCGCUCCACAACCGGAGCCCAAAAUCGCCACCGGUCCGGCGGUACGAACUACACACCGAAAGCAGGAGGCGGGGGCUACAAAAGACCACAUCAAAACGAACCGGUGGGUUUCGAUCAGCUGGAGGGGAAAGCUGCAAGGGAUUGCAGCAUCGCGACACCGCGGAACUACGACAUCAACUAUGGCAGUCAUCGAAACAACUACAAUAUGCAAGACCGUGGUGACAAUUACCAUCGCGGCCGCAAUCACGAACGUGAUCACCUCCGCGGAGGUGGCGGGGGCCGAGGGAAUGGAGGGAAUAGCAACAUGCACAGCAAUCGAGGUGGAAGCAACUACAACGACAACCAUCAGCGCCGCAGCCGUGACAGAAACAUGAGGGGCAGUAGCUACAACGACGAUCGCAGCCCGGGAGUACCGUUUGGCAAUAUCAUGGGGGCAAGAGGUGGCGGUUCUCAUCACAACUCGUUCGGCGACCCGCUUAAGGGGGGUAUGUACAGUGACAACUGGAUGAACCCGCAUAACGGCGGGAAAGACCGACCUCUCACCGGCCCGGAUCGACCUGCUUGGGGGAAGAUGGAUGGUGGCGGGAGUGGCAAGAGUUCUUGGAUAGCGGGAGGUGGUCCCUACGGAGGUGGUGAACAACGAGGUGUGGGUCCUUUUGUACCACCGGACAUGAUGGCUGCGAAAGGUUCUUGGUCCGAGCACCACAUGAUGAGCAAAGGAGGCGAUCAUAUGAUGAAAGGCGGCCCGCCGGGUGGAGGCCCCUCUUCCUGGGGCCCCCCAGGGAGCUGGGGUGGGCCGAUGGGAAAGGCGGAGUGGGAGCACAUGAUGAUGGUGAAGGGAAAGAUGGGCGCAGGAGGCGGGUAUGGUGGGAAAUACCACGACAUGAUGGAACUCCACAGUAUGAAGGGUGGAGGUGGAUCACGGAACUCGUCUAAAGAGAACAACUACGGAAAUAAUUCUCAUCAUUCAUCAUCUGGGAACAACAAGGAAGGUAAUAAUCCCCAAUCACAAUCACGCGGUGGAGGCGGUACUUCAUCUAGAGGUAACAAAAAGGAUGAUCAUUACGACAACCCGAACCUCUGCCCGCUAGGGGGUGGCAAAGGCGGAGGCGAAUGGUGGAUGAACAACAAUGCGUCGAAAAGUAACGACAAUGACAGUGUCCUCGGAAAUAACAAAAAUCGGAAUCAGGACGAGAAUUCUAGUACUCAACAAGAGUCAUACUCGCAACAGAACAACUACCGAAAAAGUUCGAAGGAAGUCGACAACACAAAGGAGAAAUCGGAACAAGAGUCGUGCAAUAGUUCUACUUCCCACAACAAUAAUAACUACCGCAGCAAAUCGGGCCAGAAUCAUCAAUCGCAGAACCGGCAGGAAAGAAAAGGCAGUCAAGUUCUCCCCCCGCCGGAGCGGAAGCUGAGCAAGGAGGUGGACAGAAAUAAAGCUGCGACUAAUAACUCGGGAGCAGGAGUCGUUCCAGAACGUAAAGUGAGCGGCGAUCGGAGCAGCCAUUUUGCGGGUGGGUGUAGCGGGGGAAAUUAUAGGAGCAACUAUGGCAGUGGAACUAGUUACCAUGGGCAAAAUGGUCCACCUCCUCGCGGGGGACCCGGCUGCAGCUCGGCCGCGCGAGAUCACUUUGACCAUCGUGGUCCUCAACGCUACAAUCAGGAAGGCGGAGGAGGCGGACCCUACGGCGGCGGAUACUCAGGAGCAUCGGACCAGCAUGGGCCCCCGCUUCACGACCGCAAUCAUCGCGGAGGAGGUCCGGCGUUUGUGCCAGAGACCAAUGCCAGUAUGGGCGCGACUGGGGGCGCGUACGGACAGGGCGGUCGAGGAGGUUACGAUCAGCCACAAGCUUUAGAAGCACCAAACGAGGACCCACUAAAACAUAUGUUUGAGAUGAACAAUCCAUCAGCCUACGGUACUAGCUCGUCGCACUCGGGAGGACCCCCGCCGCCUCUGCAGGAUCAUUCCAGCACCUCCGAGCAGCGGGAAAUCGAGAACGCGCUGCUUGGCGAAGACCACGGGACAACGUCCUCGCCGAAUCGUGGUGGUAUUUCUAGCGGUGCGCAAAACAAAAGCAAGAACUCGUCGAAUUAUAAUCCCAUGCAGAACAAAAUCAACACAGACAUUCUUCAUCAGCGCGGGGGCAUUACAAGUUUUGAAAAUGCGAUGAGCAUGAAAAAAAACACGCCUAGUCCGAAUAAACCGGCGCAGCAUGAUUUUCAACAUGUUGGGACCACGACCACGUCGAGCGCUCAUUAUGGAACAGGUUACGGCUCCUCUUGUGGAACAGCAGAAGCAGGUCUAGGUGGUCAACUACAGCAAGGACCACCGAAUGGAGCAGCAGCUCCUGAGGACACGGUCAGUAGUUUGAGCAACUACAAUUCAAACGCCCCGUAUGGUCAACAACACGCAGGCGGUCCUCGUGGGAGUAAAGCUGCACCGAACGAAAUGUCUACCUUCCCCACCAGCAGUACCACCGCAUCUUCCCCGUCCCUUCCCGAAGACAGCGGCCAUGGGCACCACAACAAUUCUGAACCAGCCGGUUGCUCCGCCGCAGCGGACAUGGCCGCGUUGCUGAUGGGCGCGGCCGCAGAAAAUGAUGACCUCGAAGAUUUUCCGGCAGCUCCAGGUGCCUUUGAUGUUGGGGCCCUGCACGAGGACAGCGGGAGGACUACUGCAAAUGCCGGUUCUGCUCGUACUGCCGGAUGUGCUGCCACCAUUGGUGACCAGCUGCGGCAGCAGGAAGCCGCUCACGGUGGUGGUCGCGGCGGGCAAGAUGUUGAUCUUCAACCAUCAUCGACCACAAAUAGUACCAGCACAACUCCGAAUGUGAUGCCAGACCCGUACAAGCGGGGGCCAGAUCAAGAGCAAAACCCGGCGCACUACAAUUCGUCUUCUUCCAUGACGUCGUCCGAAGGACAGAUGCUAUCUGCCUUUGACGACCCACAGACCACCUCCGACCACUGGCACAGUAAUGCAGCAGCAGCUCAUCAUGGUGCGUACCCCGGAGCAGGAGCCCACGACCAAAGCCACUGGUACAACAGCUCCACUGGAGCCGCCCACGGAGGCGGUGGUAGUGGCAUCUCCCCGACGAGCAACCUGAACAGCUGCAUCUAUGGGAGCAACAUCCAGGGACCUCCCGGGCAGGGACGGCCGAAAUUCCACCCGCCGCCGGGGCAAGGAGGUGGCGGUACGAGGGGCGAGCGGAGCCGAAGUGGCAUGAAAGGUGGUCGCGGGGACGCAACAAACACGUCACGAGGCGGUUGUGACCGGACCUACAGCGGCGAUCAGGCCGCGCAGUUCUGGGGGACGAGCAGUGGAACGAGCGGUGUGGAUGCAGCUGCGUCUGCCGCCUAUGCGGAGCAACUUUACAACUCCUACAAUUACGGAACCGCGGCCGGGGGUGCCUACAACAACCCGUACGAGCAGACCAGCUGUAAUGCGAAUAAAACUGCAGCGACCGCGACAGAUGGUGACACAGAUAAACACGCAGCUGCCGCCGAAACCGAUGAACACGUAUCAACCUCUACGUUUCCCGAUAGCACAAAAAUAAGUGCUGCCGGCGACCCGGCAUGCUGGACUUCCAAAAAAACAAGUGCUGGUUUUUUCGCAGGACAAGAUCAAUCCAAUACUGAUCAAGCAACCGAAUUGCAGAACAGCAUGAUGGGAGCAGGUGGGUCUUCGUCUUUUGGACUGCAGCAACCAACAAGCGGCACCACAGCUUCUCAACACCAACCACGAGCGGAAAGCAAGGACAACCGGCGUGGCCGAAAUAAGUCCACGUCCCGGCGCCGUUCCCGCGGUGGUACGCAUCAUAGCAACCGACGUGGGUCGGCGGACGACGUGGGAGGAGGGCGUGGUCGCGGUGGAGAUCACCAAGCAGGCCGGAAGCGAUCGCAUCACAGGGAACGCCGGGAUCGUUCGCGGUCCCGGGGACGGGGCGGAGGUACUUCUACGUAGUUGAAAUUUUUCCAUCAUGCGUUUGUUUCUGUUGAAGAAUAUUUAUAGAAAUGGAUUGAAAUAGCAGGAAAUGAAAUAUAUCAUGCGGUAGCAGUCAGUCUGGGACGUCGUGUGGAAGGUAAUCAUGCGUGCCACCUCCAUCUAACCCAAAAUCAUAAGCAUUUUAGCACGGACGAGUUGAAAUUAUCCCUGAAUAGGUGGUCGGCGCGGCUGCAGCCGUCGGGGGAGGCGCGGAUCGAAAUUCUGAAGGACUUUACCAACGACACGAGAAACAAGCUCGUCAGCAACAAGCGACACCGUACUACACAUCCAAAAAUGAAAAAGGUCUCUCGGAAUCGAAUGCCUUCUUGUCUACUUGGGCUUUAUUGCUUUCACAACUGUUCCGACGGGCAAAACGAACGAGUCCUCCAUGCGGACACAAAAUGAAGUUACACUGUUGAGCCGUUCCGCAAUUAUUGCAUUUUUCUCGCCCGGAAAACUUUAUCACGACCUGGGAGUAAACUUCACUUCACCAAGAAUUUCAAUUUUGAAUGACUUUUUAACAAAUUUGAAUAUCGUCCCGCCUCUUUUGAAAGUAUCAUCAUGGGCACUGAAAAUAAAGCAAUGAAAAAAAAAAUAUGAUAUUGAGUGGCUGUGGACGUCGUGAGUAUGAGUUGUAUAUCUUUGUUCUAGUGCCAUUUAUCAUUACUUGUCGUACCAAACGUUCUUGAUCUUGAAAUUUCAUCCAUACUAGAGCUCCUCCAGCUUCCUAUCCGAGGUUUUAUCCAUCCUGGUGGUGAGCACCAGUCUUCACACUUUUCAUGGCACUUUCACCUUUUCCAAACUGGCAGUGUGGGAAAGCCAACAUCUUGUUCUUCAUGCGGUCGAUGUAGCAAAAAUUAU